CACAGAAACAACAUGUCAGCCGAGGCCAGCUUCUUAAAGCCACGUCCAUCAAUCCAUCAUUUGAAGUCCAUUAAAUCAGUGUGAAUAUCUCCCACAGCACCUGAAGGCAGCAUUCGGUACCACGAGAUUUAACGCCUGCCCUGUAACGGGAGAGCUGACAGCACCGGAGGCACCUGCAGUUAUUUUAAACACAGAGAGCUCAGAGGAUCUUUAACCUGGACUUUUGUACGCAGGUCGGACCCUGAACGCAGCAUUCUGAGAGAGGACAUGAUGUCUCCAUGGUGUGUCCUACUGAUGUGUGUGUGUCUGCAGAGUGGACCGGUCUGCAGGGCCGUUCCUGAAGUGCAGACACUGAACCUCAGAGUGCAGUACGGGGAGAUGGCCAUCUUGCCCUGUAAUGGCUCCGCCUACCUCGGGGAGGAAGGGAACGUCUACUGGGAGACGAGCCUUGGGGUGGAGGUGGCGAGUCUGAGGAUAGGGGAGGAAACAGAGGGAGAACGUACAGAGUUUGUGGCGGAGCUGCCAUCAGAGAUGGAGCUGCCGUCAGAGGAGCAGAUCCAGAGAGGAGACUGGUCUCUGAGGAUUCGUAGCACCAAGCUGCUGGACUCGGCGACGUAUCAGUGCAUCUGGGAGGGACAGAGACCGGGCAUUGUGUCCACAGUGUGGCUCUCAGUGAAAGAGCCCCCUACUGAGCGCCACCUGCUGAGCUCUGAAGGUGAAACGGUGACGAUGAAGUGCUUCCUGCAGAUCUCCUGGAGCCAGUUCCACAGCGGUGUGGAGAGCUGGUGGACCAGGGACGGAGAGCGUCUGUUGCAGGCAUGGCCGGAGGCCACUCCCUCUUCAGACAGCCUGUUACGUUUCUCGACCCCGUUCGUCUCCGUGGAGGAACAUCAUCUCCAGAUCAGCCCCACGCUGCGGACUGACGGCGGAGAGUAUCGCUGCUGGUACAGAAUCGGGGACUCAGAGUCUCCUCGGACGGGCUCACCGAACAGAAUCACGCUGACCAUACUGGACACGGUCUCUGCAGGGCCGGACGCCGAGCUCUUGACUGUGUCUCGUUCAGGGUCGGACGCCGAGCUCUCGACUGUGCCUCCUGAAGAAGAGGACAGCGUCUCGUCCACUCCUGAUGUUGUUCCUGUGUUUCUGGAAGAUUCCACUCAGCCAUCUCAAGAGACGACAGAGUCACAGCCAAUGGAAGCCCUCAAGGAGACGAUGACAUCACUCCCAGGAGGUGAAGAGUCCGUGCUGCAGGAAGAGGUGCCGUGGAUUCGGAUCGGGCUGAUCGCUGGAGUCUUAGUAGUCACGGCGCUCGUCCUGAGCGUCCUGAAAGCUCUGCAGAGAAUUUAACAGUAGAAGAAGAAGAAGAAAACAUGGACUCUCUCUCUCUUUCCGGCAACAUCUUCAUACUCACACACUUCACAAAGACUGAACGAGGAACUCACUGCUUUAAAAGAGACGAUUCUGGACCCUACCAGAACAUGGAGACCUCCUCCUGGUUCAGAUGAGUCUAUGGAGACCUCCUCCUGGUUCAGAUGAGUCUAUGGAGACUUCCUCCUGGUUCAGAUGAGUCUAUGGAGACCUCCUCCUGGUUCAGAUGGUUCUGUUGUUUUUCCUCGUUGUUCAUAAAAUUGUAGCUUUUUGGUCUACCAUUUAAGUCUU